GUGGUGCCGGCUAUCUGUCUGGAUCGAGAUUUGCUAGACUCCUUGAAACUCCAAGUGAUUUUUGAACUUUAGCCAAGAAGAUCGUGAUUGAUCCGGAGUAACUUCCGAGAGGGCGUUCCAGUUUCAAGCUCCGAAGACAGAGUACUUCAAACCACGUUGGAUAUUGCAUCAACACCAACGAAGAAGACGUCGCGAAUUCCUGAGCGAGUUGCAUAAAACUUUUACUUUCUCCCUCCCUGCCCUAGUCAACCCUGGCUCUGGGGACGGUCGCCCCUCCUCCUCCCUUGUGGGCCACGCGUGGACAGCAUAAAGAUUUGUGGCGGCCCCACGAAGAAGGCCGGCAGCGUUUGUUUUGGUGUGGAAGUUGUGCAAUUUGUAUUACCACUUUCUCUCUUGUUUCUUCCCUUUUUUCGAACAGUGAGAAAUUGAUGGAGCAAGCAAGGUGGUUCUGAAAGAAGUGAAAAGUUUUAAAGUGUGAUUAAAGUGAAGAGGAAAAACUAAGAAUAGUUACAAAAUAUUACAUUUUAACCAAGAAGAAAGAAAGUGAAAAUCAGAAUCCGCAAACCCCAAACAAAGACAUCACCCCCAAGUCGCAGUUCACUAAAUGGAAAAACCGUUCCAUUCCGUUGGAGGAUAGAGAAGGAGACCAUUGACUAAGCCCCACUCCAAUACCAACCCCAGCAUCUUCGCAAGUCUCAAAAUGGCCCGCCACAUAAUGGCGGUGUGCGUGGUCUGUCUGCUGUGUGCGGACCACCUGCCCUGCAAGCAGCACGACGACGACCCGCUGGGAACCUCGUCCGGCAAGGCAACGAUCGGCCCGAUCUACCACAACGACUUCCGCCGGAUAGAGGACUCCGCGGUGGCGCUGGAAAAGUCCCAACCGACGAAACGGCACACCCACCAGCAUCACCACCACGGCGACGGUCACGACGAUCACGACGGGGAUGACGGGGAAGAGGCGGAACGGCGGGAAAAGUUGGACUCGUUUAUGCAGCGGAUCUUCAAGGAGUUUGGGGACGCUGGGACGAUGACGAUGGACGUGGGGGGAUUCGAGGCCAUGGUGAAGCGGUUGAACAUGUACCGGCUGGUGACGGAGGAGCUGGGGAGUAGUCGGGGGGUGCCGCCUUCGGGGGUGGCCAUUGGCCACGAGCACAGCGAUGAAGGAGAGUGUAUAAACAGCAUAGAUUUUGUGCAGCACGUGGCUGUUCCGAAACCGGAAGUAUCCUUAGUACCAGUUGGUAACCUGUCCCAAAGUAGUCCCAGUAGCGUAGCAGCUAAUAGCAACAGCAGCAGCAGCAGUACCGUAAGCCCUAGUGAUAAACUGUCGAAUAAGUCAGCUAGUAGUGCCGGCAACGUCACCACGACCAACGGAACCAGUGCCCCGAGCGAGCUGGACCGGUUAAAGGCAUCCAUUCGGUUAGACCGGAACGAUCUGUUUAAUAUUUGCCCGAUUUUGUUGGCCCAACUGGCGUCGAAAACGAGUCGCGAGCGUGCCGGUUGCAUCGAUCCGGCCAGUGUGCCUGAUUUGCGGGAUCUGGAGGCGUCCCUGGGGGUUGGCCACGACGGGCAUGACCAUGCUGGGGGAGACGCGAUCGAGCUGACCGUGUGGAUCUACUCGACGUUGGCCAUUCUGGGCGUUAGCUUGUGUGGGUUGUUGGGCGUCGCUGUGAUACCUUGCAUGGACAAACACUUUUACCAGCACGCGCUCCAGUUCCUGGUGGCCUUGGCCGUGGGCACCCUGUGCGGGGACGCCCUCCUCCAUCUUUUACCACACGCGAUGAUGGGUUCGGGGUCGCACUUCUCGCACGACGACAUGAUGUACAAGGGACUGGCCGCCGUCAGUGGGAUCGUGUUCUUCUACUUCAUGGAACGAUUCCUCACCGUAGUCGCCGAAUGGUACAAACACGAGGAAAAAAAGGACAAACCGUCCUCCCGAGUGCGCGUUCUGCGUGACCCAGAAUCCUCCUCAAACCACCCGGCCGCUUCCGGCGCAAGUGACAAGCAGUGCAAACACAAGUACAGUUCCUACCCGUACUGCUACGACGAGAUCGCGAUGGACACCAAGGACGAUCAUCACGAGCACAACCACGUGGAAAACAAUCAUCACCACAACAACCACAACAACGCCCUGGCCAAGUGCGCCAACCACGACGCCGACCAUCACAGCGAGUACGCCAGCCUCCAAACCAACGGCAAACCCCUCACCGUAGAGGACACCCUCGGCCAGCAGGACAACACCACCGUCUCCACCAACCUGGACGCGUCCUCCAUCGAAAGCGAUCAAACCCACAAACCAACCCACAACAACAAAUCAACCCGCCCAGCAGAAAACUACACGAUCAUCCUCCGAGAGCACGAAACCAAGCACCACGGCCACUCGCACACCCACGGUCACGUGCACUCCCCCCCAGGUUCCCUGUCGGCCGUGGCCUGGAUGGUCAUCAUGGGCGACGGGCUGCACAACUUCACGGACGGCAUGACUAUCGGCGCAGCCUUCGCGAACAACAUUGCCGGCGGCUUCUCGACCGCCAUCGCCGUCUUCUGUCACGAGCUGCCCCACGAGUUGGGUGAUUUUGCGGUGCUGCUGAAGGCGGGAAUGUCCGCCCGGGACGCGGUGUACUACAAUCUGCUGUCGUCGAUACUGAGCUUCAUCGGGAUGCUGAUUGGGAUCGUGAUUGGGCACCAGCCGGAGGCGUCCGCGUGGGUGUUUGCCGUGGCGGCCGGACUGUUCCUGUACAUUGCGCUGGUGGAUAUGAUCCCCGAGCUAACGUCCGCCCACGGGGCCGAGGACCGCUGUAAGACAUCGGAAUUCCUGCUGCAGUUUUUCGGCAUGAGCGCCGGCUUCGGAAUCAUGCUGCUCAUCGCCAUGUACGAGCACGAUCUCAAGGAAAUGUUUAUGGACUAGGAAGUAAACAUGGUUUCCACACUUUAAAAACCACUCAAGCAAACGAGCAGUAACUUCCUAGAAAAGAAAGUGCGACGUGCGUGUGUCAAGGCCAGUAUGAAAUCUUGCGAAAUCUUCAAAAAAUACUAUUAUUCGAUAAGAAGAAUGCGGAAUAUUGAAUCGAGUGCGAACCGGUUUAGAGAGGAGAAAGAGUUUCGGAAAAGUAUUACGGCUUGCGCGCGCUCGCCCGCCCACGCAUGACUUGUUUCUGUGGGAAAGUUUUUACUUUGAGCUUACCAAAAAAAAAAGUUGUCUUUAGUUUUUUAAUCCCUUUAGUGAGGUAUGUUUUCGAAUUUUCACAUCGAUCAUUGUUUUUUUUUACUGUAGCUUACCAUUUAGUUUUGAGUAUCAUUCUAAGCACACCAAUUCGCGUCUAACUUAACUAAACUCACGCAGACUGUAAGACUACUGGAAUCACGCUUAAGCUGGUUUUUUGGCCAGUUUCACAAAUCAUGGAACCACAAAAGAAGAAUGGAAGGGAAAAGUUACUUACCGCCUAGGCUAUCUACUACAACUAAAUAGAUUAAAUAGAAUACAUUGCAUUUAGUGCUAAUUCGCGAUUAAAGUGCGAUCUACCGGAAAGCAAAACCUGAUAUUUUUUAACCCCGUUUAAUUUCCUGCCCUCCACCUGUUCCGACGACGCCGUGUAGCUUUUAAGUAAAAGGUUGAGUUUAAUUUUCCCGCAGCAAUUUCCACGCUGAAAAAAGUCCUUUGAGUUUGCUAGAUGCUUCCCAUAUUAUUUUUCCGUGGGACCUGGCAAAUUGGUUCUUCGUUAAAAAUCCUCAAAUAUAAAAAAAAACACUUCAUAACUGCCAGGACGGAACUCGCCUUGUCGUGGCCCCAUGGCUUAUUCUUUGGCACAAAAGGAGACUUUCUCUUCCAUGCUUAGUGUCACUGAAACUAAGAGUUCUUAUAUAAAACUGUAUGAACUUCUUAAAACAACAAAAUUAUUCGCCAAAUUUUCGAAAAGAAAACUUGCAAAUCUCAAUUUUGGAUUGCUUCUACGUGGAAAUGAGUUUAUUUCGCACAUUUUCUUUGUAUCAAAAUUUUCUUUUUUAAACAUUUUUUUUGGAUCUAGCUUUAAGUAGGGAUAACAAAUUUUUAGCAUCGAUUUUCAAAUUGUGUUGUCUAAUUUAAGUAUUAUAAAUAUGGUAACAAAGCCCCCUGUUCUGUCAUGCUGCUGCUGGAAGGUUAGCGCUUUCUGAUGAAAAACUUUACAAUUGUAUUUUUUCUAAAUCUAGUAGCGCGCAUUUUUGUUUCUAGCAAGAAGCGAAAACGAGAAGAAUUCAAUAAUGAAAAUCAUUCACAGAACUAAUCAUAAAUAAAACUGUA